ACGACACAAACACCGCCACGAUGACCGAAGUCGCAGCAGCAACAAACAGCAACCAGCAGGUUCCGCUGGACACGAUUCCCAUCUCGCCCACCGACAACUCCGGCGAGGGCCACGAGUCCAGCAGCAACGCAGCAAACGAGGGCGAGAUCCGCACCGUCUUCCAUGAUCCCGAGAACUUCAACGUCAAGCACCCGCUCAUGAACACAUGGACACUGUGGUUCACGAAGCCCCCGAGCGGCAAGGGAGACAACUGGGCCGAGCUGCUGAAGGAAGUCAUCUCGUUCGACUCUGUUGAGGAGUUCUGGGGCAUCUACAACAACAUCACCCCCACAUCCGACCUCGCGCUCAAGUCCGAUUACCAUCUCUUCAAGAAGGGUGUGCGCCCCGAGUGGGAAGACUCACAGAACAAGCACGGCGGCAAGUGGGCCUUCCAGUUCAAAGAUAAAAAGGCAAUCAACAUCGACGCGCUUUGGCUGCACGUCAUGCUGGCUGCCAUCGGCGAGAACCUCGAGGAUGAGGAUGACAACGAAGUCAUGGGUGUCGUUGUCAACGUGAGGCGAGGCUUCUACCGUAUCGGCCUCUGGACACGUUCCGUUGGUCGCGCCAUUCCCGGUGAGGGAGGCAAGGGAAGGACACAGGAGCAGGGCAAGGAGGUUCUGCUCAAGAUUGGCAGACGAUUCAAGCAGGCGCUGCAGCUCAAGGACAACGACGUGGUCGAGUUUUCCGGACACACCGACGCCGCCCAUGCCGGCAGCACUCGCGCGAAAGCCAAGUUCAGUGUCUAAGGGACUCAUUACAACUUCAAGCAUGCGACAUGACGUUGUAUCCUUGCGGUAUCCUCGGUUGUCUGCGGACAUAGUACGCACUCCACGUUUGGAUUGCAUUUCCUCGAUUUAUUCCCUGUUUGGUCCAAAAGUAUCUCACUAACGGUUCAUGAUACGGACCGAGUUUCUAGCAUGGCGUCUGCAUGGGAUGGCGAAGGGUGAUAUGGGGUUCUCACAUGAAUCAUUCGGCCAUGGCGGUUAUACCUGAGGUGGGUGAAUAGUUCUGAGCUUGUAUAGACAAACUCCGGUAUCUGACAUAUCUAUGAAUGAAAAAAAAUAAACGCA